CCCCUUCAACUUUACUCUUUUUCCCUUCUCUCCCUCACCGAUUUUUAACCCCUCCCACCGAUUUAUCCACCCCCCCUCCACGCCAUUAUUUCUUCUUCUUCUUCUUCCCCUAGCCCCCCUCUCUCUCUCUCUCUCUCUUUCUCUCAGAGGAAUGAAAUCAUCAACGCCAUCCCGCCGGUGCUCCUUGAGUCGGAGAAGAUUAGGAACGUUAUUUUUGAGAAACAAGAUUAUUGUUGUUUUGGCCUCUGUUCUUCUCCUUUACUCCCGCAUAGUGUCACGCUCUCGCACACCAUACCAUCCACCCCAACUUCUUACCAAAAUUAUUUCACGGCAUCAGCGGUCGACGGAGAGGAGAGGUAAAGUUGGUUCUAUGGUUGGUGAGGGGGGUCAGAAGCGGAGAAGAAGAAUUGAAGGAACGAAUUUGGAUUGUCAAAUCUUGAUUUGCUUCUCUUGGUAUAUUCUGCUGUCACUAUAUGCUACAGCAUUGUUUGGAGUAAACUACACCGCUGAUUGGAAAUAUGUUGAUCAUGAUUCUGCUAUUUUGCUAUCCUUUCAUGCUAUUAAGUAAAAUCUACUGCCAUCACAUGGAUGGCAUGGCUGCUAUAUUACCAUGACCAUGUUACAGUGAAGAAUUGCAUUAUGCUUGAAGGAUUGGAUUUUGCUGAUAGUCUUACCAAGGCAUUCCUUACCUGACUAAACUACGCCAGUGAUUGGAAAAUCUUAAUGCUGAACCACUAUGCUGCUAGCAUACCAUACUAGCCUCUUUCAGUUUGAUGAUUGGCUUCAUGAAUUCUUGUAAAAAUUUGUUGACCCUAUUUGGUUUUUGCCAUUAAUGAUGUUAUCUGUGUGAAUGUUAUCCUCAGGUUUACAA